AUGAAACAGUCUGGGGGACCAAGGCCGGGGCCGGAGGUCAACGCCUCCUUUCCGGCUCUGAACGAGUCCUCCUGUCAAGGGACUGGGGCUGGGAGCGGCUGUGCCAACAGCUCGGGGCUCUCUGGACCUCCGCGCCUGGUAGACGCUUGGCUGGUACCACUCUUCUUCGCUGCCCUCCUGGUAGUGGGCUUGGCCGGCAACUCGCUGGUCAUCUACGUGAUCUCAAAGCACAAGCAGAUGAGGACCGUCACCAACUUCUACAUCGCCAACUUGGCAGCCACAGACAUCAUCUUCCUGGUUUGUUGCGUGCCCUUCACAGCUAUGCUCUAUCCCCUUCCCAGCUGGGUCUUUGGAGAAUUCAUGUGUAAGUUUGUCAGCUACAUCCAGCAGGUGUCCGUCCAGGCCACUUGUGUCACCUUGACAGCCAUGAGUGUGGACCGCUGGUACGUCACAGUGUUCCCCCUCCGCUCCCUACGCUACCGUACCCUGCGACUGGCCUUUGCUGUGAGCCUGGGCAUCUGGGUUGGGUCCUUCCUGGUAUCCAUACCUGUGCCCAUGUACAACCGCCUCACUGAGGGCUACUGGUUUGGGCCGCAGACAUACUGCAUCGAGGUGUUCCCAUCGGUGACCCACGAGCGUGCCUUCAUCCUGUACAACUUCCUGGCUGUCUAUCUGCUGCCUCUGCUGACUCUGUGCAUCUGCUAUGCCGCCAUGCUGUACCAGAUGGGACGGCCCACUGUGGCGCCAGUGGCUGACAAUAACUACCAGGUGCAGCUGCUAGCAGAACGUUCAGAGGCCAUGAGGGCUAAGGUAUCCCGUUUGGUAGCUGCCAUUGUGCUGCUCUUUGCUGUGUGCUGGGGCCCCAUCCAGCUUUACAUUCUACUCCAGACCUUUAGCCCUGGAUUUCAACGUGACUUUGCUGCCUACAAGGUGAAGAUCUGGGCACACUGCAUGUCCUACAGUAAUUCUUCCCUCAACCCUGUGCUUUACGCCUUCCUGGGAGCCAACUUCCGCAAGGCCUUCCAUAAGGUCUGUCCUUUGGCUGGACGUGUGGGCAGUGCCAGCAACCCCAGCGCCAACCUCCACACCGAACUGCAAUUUAUGUCCUCUGGGGCCCCAGCCUCACUCCGACAGAUCCAGCCGGAGGGAGAUGCCCCAGCUCCGGUAGCCCAAUGAGGUUUUACGGUCCACUGGCAUUGCUUUAGAGAAGGGCAGCCCCAUCCUAGAACCAGUUGCUCACUCCAUAGGACACAAGACAAACAGCCAAAGUUGUUGACCCCAGAAAGCUCCCAGUCUAACAGGGAAGACAAGAUUCACUUAAAGGAAAUCAGAACAGGAUGGCCUAUAUCCAGUGCCAGAUGGUUGUUUCAGCUUCUAAAGGCUAGAAUUGCAAAGCUGGAGGGAAUCUUGGAAACUACUUAACCCACCUCUGACAUGAGAUCUAUUCUGAUUCUCCCCAACUGUAAAUGUCCCCACUGUGCUCCCAUUACUUAGUAUAAAUUUUUGUAUUUAUAUGUCUGUUCAUAUUGUUUCCUGCCCCCUCCUAUUAGAGCAUAUGUUCCUUGA